AUGACUGUGUUACUCGUUUACGUUGAUGAUAUCCUUAUUACUGGAAAUAAUUCUGCUCAUAUUGCCUCUCUCAUUGCCCAUAUGCACUCUGCUUUUUCAAUGAAAGAAUUGGGUCUUAUCAACUAUUUUUUGGGUGUAUCUGUGACUUCUUCUUCAUCUGGCUAUUUUCUUUCUCAAUCUAAAUAUACUGCGGAAAUUCUUACUAAGGCUGGCAUGGCUGACUGUAAAUCAGCCCCUUCUCCCAUGUCUGUCAAGUCCUCUUCUCUGUCUUCUGCAACUAUGGCUUAUUCCAAUCCCUCUCUCUAUCGUAGUAUUGUUGGUGCACUUCAGUAUUUGACAAUUACUCGUCCAGAUAUCUCCUUUGCUGUUAAUCAUGCUUGCCAAACUAUGCAUGCUCCUACUGAGGCUGAUUUUGCAUCUGUCAAACACUUGUUGCGGUAUCUUAAAGGCACCCUUCAUCAGGGUCUGUCCUUUACUCCUGGUCCUCUUGAGCUUCAUGCUUUCUCUGACUCCGAUUGGGCAGGUAGUGUCCAUGAUCGUCGCUCUACUACUGGCUACUGUGUCUUUUUAGGUCCUAACCUUAUCUCUUGGUCUGCCAAGAAGCAACCUACAGUGUCUCGUUCAUCCACUGAGGCUGAGUAUCGAGCUCUUGCUCAGGCCGCAGCUGAGUUGAGUUGGCUUCAAAUGGUUCUUACUGAUUUACACAUUGCUCAUCCAUGUCCACUUCUCUGGUGUGAUAACUUGUCUGCUAUUUCCUUGAGUUCCAAUCCUGUUUUCCAUUCUCGGUCUAAACACAUUGCUGUUGACUAUCAUUAUAUCCGUGAACGAGUUGCAUCCAAACAAAUUUUUGUCAAGCAUGUUGCCUCCUCUGAUCAACUUGCUGAUCUGUUUACCAAAGCUUUACCCGUCUCUCGCUUUCAUUUUCUUCGUGACAAGCUCAUGGUGCUCUCUUCCCCUAGCGGCGUUUUUUAA